AUGGACGCGCCGUCCGCUGCCGGGCUGGGCGGCGCCGACCCCCAGCUCCAGCGCUUCAUCGAGGUGGAGACGCAGAAGCAGCGCUUCCAGCAGCUGGUGCACCAGAUGACCGAGCUCUGCUGGGAGAAGUGCAUGGACAAGCCGGGUCCGAAGCUGGACAGCCGGGCCGAGACGUGCUUCGUGAACUGCGUGGAGCGCUUCAUCGACACCAGCCAGUUCAUCCUCAACCGGCUGGAGCAGACACAGAAGUCCAAGUCGGCCUUCUCAGAGAGCCUGUCCGACUGAGUGGGACCCGCGCCCCGGGGGACACCAGCCAGCCCCCCACAAGGCCGGGCCCUCUGCCGUGCCAGCUCCUGGUCACUCUGCCGCCUGAAUGAGCCAGGAUCAGCUCUGGGGUUUAGGAUUUAAUUAAAUGCCAGUCUCGGGGAAGUUGCAGCCAGAUGAGAGCCCACGACAGAGGCAUGGUCGCUCCUCCUCAGGGUGACGUGCUGCUCCUGGCCCCAUGGGCCAGCAGCCGUCUUUGUGCUGGGACUCUGGGGCUACCAGUGCUACGCAGGGAGUGUUUGGAACGCACCCGCUCAGCUGAACGGAGGGGUGGUGACACUCACGUCAGGGGGUGCUCCCAGCGCUGAUGUGAAUCUCGGCUCUGGGCGAGGCCAGCCUGCGACCGCUGCCUUAAACGGUGCUGCACAAAACGAACCCUCCUGGGUAGAUGCUAACAAGCCCUGCAGACGCCACUGCUGUGCAGUCCAGUACAGGUACCCUUAGCAAGAAGAGCUUGUUGGGCACAGUGAUCAUCCCAGGCAGUGUCACUACUGGAAAAUACUUUCAGGCUUCCAUAGGUAAAUCAUUCAUGUGGCCAAGUGACAAAUUUUCAAAUUGCAGCACAACUCUGUCAGUACUGACUUGCUCCAUUAACUGCUUUCCCCUGGUCGAUGUAAUAAAUAUUAACUGGGUCAAUUUUUAACAUGAGAUUCUCCUUUGUUCAGGUAGAUGACCACUGAGAAUUGAAAAUCUGGCCUUCUUGUCACUCGCCCUCCUUCCUAGUGAUCCUGUUUAUUGCAAAAUUAGUAGGGAGGGGGCAUAAUUGUCUUCUGGCUAGAUCAUCUGCUCUGAAUUCUGAUUUGUUGCUCAAUUAAUUUGGUCUCAUGAAUCAAACUUGUUUCUGGGAGAGGCUGUGGCCUUUCCUCCUCUUCCCCAAAGGGUUAACAGCUCCUGCUGUCCUGUAAAGGAGUAGUUUCUUAAGAGAGACUAAAUGCAGGAAAUAAGUAAUUAGCUACUUUAUAACCUCAGGCACCUUUACCCAUGGAGAUCACUGGAGGGAGGCCUAUGGCUGUGUGUCUUCUGGACCUGUGCCCCCCAGGGCAAAGAGAGGAGCUUCUAACUGGAAAAACAACAAACUACUGAUCCACCCUCUGGAAAGGCAGCAUAGCAUUUCAGCAGUGUUUUAUGUACAGCGUGGCUCUGGGAAGCCUGGAGUGACCCGCUGACAGUGGCUUGGAGCUCUACACAGGAAGGUGGUAAAGCAGUUCUGCACAUGUCCAUUUGCCGUGGGUGGCUGGACAGGGCGUGUGAGUUCCUAUCAUGGGUGGCUUGUAGCCAGCAGCCUUCUGGGAACAAAUUCAGGAUGUGUUAAACAGAGCUAUGCAUAUAUAAACCCACGUAAGUGAGGACACAGCUGUCUACUUAUCUCUCAGAAACUUACCUCAAUAGCUAAGGACUCUUCGGGCACUCCUGUUCCCAGAGUAAGCGAUUCCCUUUCCUGUCCCUAUCUUGAGUUUCUCUUGAGCAUCCGCAUGGUUCUUCCUACCCCUCUAAUCCUUCAUGCCUUUCAGU